UUAAGAUACCGGCGUAUUAAGUAAUACUUACAAAAUAUAGACGUCAGUGAUUUCAAUAGGAAAUUCUGAUCCAAGACUUGGGUGCAAAUUUCUCUUUCUCUAUGCGACCCAGGUUUUGUAGUUCUUCGGAUUUUGUAGUUUUUCUGUUUUAGAGCCAAAUUAUUUUAUGUUUUUGUAAUUGUUCAGUGCUGAUUAAUCGUUUUUCUUCGUGAAAUUUUACAGUACUGUAUUCCAGUUCGCAGUCGCUCGGAAUUAUCAUGAUCAUAAGGAAGUUUUGGAUAUCUUGCGUUAUACUAUCUUCCUGUACCCCGUGCUCUCGUGCGCAGGACGAAGAUGUGGUUGGCACUGUUAACAUAAAAAUUCAGAAUCUGACUUCACCAGAUGGGGGCGAUGACCUUUAUGCAGACGAAGACCUGUACACUUCGACCAAAUUGCCACCUCUGAUGAAGCAGGGGGAACGAGAAAGUCCACCUUUGGUCAACCGAUCUUCUACUGGGAUUUUGCAAGUUGAUGGUGACCAUAAAAUCGGCACUUGUCCGCCUGCAUACGCGAUUGCUAUCGGAUCUUGCUUGGAUACCUGCAAAUCUGAUGCAGACUGCCCGGGAAAGUGGAAAUGCUGCAAGAAUGAGUGCGGAAAAAACAUCUGCUCAUCACCGAUCCAAGAUUUCGGUUGGUACCACUGGGGUCAAUGGGGAAGCUGCACGGCCAGCUGUGGAGGAGGUGUGCGCGUGCGCAAUCGGAACUGCAAUUUUCCUGGACGCUUGGCGGAGCAGAAGAAAUACUGUCACGGGAAUCAUUACGAGUUGGAGAGUUGCAAUAGCCAGAAGUGUGAGAGCUACGUUUCCCCAUGGAUGGAAUGGACGUCGUGGACGGCAUGCUCGGCAAAAUGCGGUGGUGGAGUGCGUAGUCGUUAUCGUUUCCGUGUGUGCGCUGAUGAAGAUUCCAGUGAAAAGAUCUUUUGCGAUGAUUUUCAAAUGGAUCUCGAGGAAUGUAAUUACCACAGUUGCGCAGAUGUUGUGUACAGCAAUUGGAGUAGCUGGUCGGCAUGUUCCAGCUCCUGUGGUACCGGUCUAAUGUCCCGGUUUCGCUCUUGUCCGUUUUGUCCAUUUACGGGCUACGUUGGCGAAUGUUCCGGUCCAAAUUUCGACUACAAAGUGUGCACUGGACCACCAUGUAAAGGCGAACAAAGACUAGUGGAGGAUUGGUCUGACUGGUCUCGGUGUACUCGGGAUUGCGACAGUGGGCUGAAGAUCUCUGUUAGGAAAAACCCUGAAUGUCAGUUAGGCAAGGAUUGUGAAGGAUACGAAUUCAGGAGUGAUAUCUGCAAUCCGCAAAAGUGUCCUGUUAUUCCCGGAGAUUAUGGGCAGUGGAGUGACUGGUCAGAAUGCUCUGCCGAUGGGUGCGAAGAAGGAUACCAGUACGCGUCGCGUGAUUGUAAUCAUCCGACACCGUGGAACAGCGGGCGAUAUUGUAGUGGAAAGCCUUUUGAACUCCGAGUUUGUAAUUUCUGCAAGAUGGUUGAUGGCGGCUGGUCGGACUGGGGAAAGUGGAGUGAGUGCAGCGCUUCGUGUGGUGGAGGAUUACGUUACAAAAGCCGAAGUUGUGAUAAUCCCACCCCAAUGUAUGGCGGACGUUAUUGCCCAGGGGAUCAUUUCAAACUGGAAGCUUGUAAUACUGUCUCGUGCAGCGCAAGCGAAGGUUAUGAAUGGGGAUGCUGGUCACCAUGCAGUCGUAAAUGUGGAGGAGGUGGUCGCAUUCGCUAUGGGACUUGUAACGCCCCUACGCAACAGCGGUAUGAUGAAAUUUGUAAUGCUGAUCCUUACGAAGAUGAGGCAUGUAACACGGACGCUUGUGACGAUCAGGAAGUCGAUGCGAAAUUAUCCUCUUGGACUCCUUGGAGCUCAUGUUCGCAUACUUGCGGCACCGGAACAAGAAUACGUUAUAAGUACUCCCUGUGUCCUGCUGGAAAGGAUUCUGAUGCCUGCCACGGUCACGACUUCGAAAUCGAACGAUGUCAAACACGUCCUUGCUCAAAGAAAGCACUGGCCUGGGAUCACUGGUCAAGCUGGUCUCCAUGCUCUUCCUUAUGUGGAGGUGGUUCAACUAUGCGCAUUCGAAAAUGCUUAUCGCACGGUAUCGAUCAACAUUUAGUAUGCCCCGGGACACCGUAUGAUGUUCAGCCGUGCAACACUCAUCCUUGUGACCAUUACCGUCAAGAUUAUGCAGCAUGGAGUAGCUGGUCAUUGCCCACUCCUUGCUCCGGCCAGUGUUCUGAGGAUGGUUAUUUCGCUAACACGUUUCGUAUAUUCAGUUGUGGGUCGGCGGAUGUCGAAGAUUGCCCGAGAAUCGAAAUACGGCAGGUCGAAUGCGAUUACCGAAGCUGUUAUAAAGAUGUAAACAAUUUCAUUUAUCCUCCAUGGAGUGAAUGGUCAUCGUGUUCAAAGCCGUGUGGGACCGGAUAUGGGUAUCGCAAUCGGACGUUUGCAGAUGACCUUCCAGUCAACGGAGAAUUCUGUACCAAACCGGCUUUUGAAGUAGCCCAAUGUAAUCGUAAAAAAUGCGGUUUACGAGAAAAGACUGAAUUUGCUGGAGACUGGAGUUCAUGGUCGUCUUGCUCUCGUUCUUGUGGCGGAGGGAUCCAGAUGCGACGCCGUCAGUGUAUGAUUGUCAGCGUACCUGAAUAUACGGAUUCUGUUGUAAUCCCACCUCCUCGGCCACAACCUAGAAGCGCUUGCCUGGAUGGAUCGUCCGAUUUCCUGAGUGGCAUUGAACUGGCUGGUUGCGCUAUCAGCUUAUGCCCGGGCGAACUGCAGCGCUUCGAUGCCCAGUACGACAACAAAGACAACUACAAUUACGCCAACGAAGCAUCCACUCCGCGAUAUCCCGCUGCAGCUGAUCUAGUGGAAUACAACAGCACGGCGUAUCCCGAUAAAGGAGCGAAUAGAUUAAAACUGGAUCAUUUGGAGCAAGAUGACCAUGACGAACAUUAUCCGAAGUACCCCACAGCUGCCACAACAAUAUCCCCCACGCAGUAUGUGUCAUCAAAUUCGAGCAGUUACCGGCAGACUGUUUCGCAGUAUCAACCAGCGCCGGCCAGUGUGUACGUGCCCAGUUAUCAAGGAUGGAACACCAAUGUGAAUACUUUGUAUCCAAACCGAUCUAUAGUUCCACCUUUUCCGGCGUAUCAAGGUUACGACUUCGUCAACGCAACCGGUCAUCUUCUGCGUUAUCCUCAAGUAAACCCAGGAGUGCAGACAUUGGUUUACAACCUGCCUUUGCCCGGCGAUUUCCGUGUACAACGUCCGCCCGAGUAUGGACCUCGAAAUGUGUCAGCUCCGUAUGUGCAACCUGGUCAGCCGAUGCAGGGAUGGGGUUCAGUGCCUCCUGGAGCGAAGCCGUAUAAUGUUUCCCGACUACAAGGAGCUCUGCAGUAUAAUCAAUCCGCUGUUUACGUUAAUCAAAUCGUUUCUAGCGGACCGCAGCAGUACGGGCCACCUGUCGGCACUCCACCACAAGGCUGGGGUCCUGUAACCACGUUGCCGCCUCAAGGAUGGGGAACGACAUCUCCGUAUGGAUAUGACCGGCAGAGUGCGAAACUUUCCUACGGCACAACAGCUGGAUGGGGGCCGUUAUCAACUUUUACUGGCUGGAGCUCGACGACACCGAAACCACAGGGAUGGGGAACAACCAGUACUGUGCCUCCACAAGGCUGGGGGCCAUCAUCGACAUUGGGAUAUCAGACAACAUCCGGAUGGGGCACAACGCCGUACGGUCUAAAAGGAGGAAUUGUUGUAGCUCAAAAUACAAGCUAUGUUGAAUACAAGCCUGAAAAAUUGUACCUUGCACCGACAACAUACCAGGGAUGGGGACCGGCUGUCGCACUCAGCACUCCCGCUGUCUCUGGUUGGGGAUUAGUGGCCGAAUCUAGACCUUAUCCUAAUGUCAGCUUUGCUUUGGACUUGUCUAAAGGAUUCGUUGGCGGGUGGUCAGAAUGGGGACCGUGGAGCGGUUGUACGAAGAGUUGUAAUGGAGGGCAGAGAUUUAAAAUUCGUGUAUGCGCUGCGUCUGAAAACAGGAAAGAGUGUAUUGGACCCGACAGGCGAAAUGAUGCAUGCAACAAACAAGCCUGUAGCGGAACUCCGGCUUGUGUUAAGCAGUGUAAAGGAGACAAUGACUGCGGAAGCAAUUCGAAAUGUUGUACUCCCGAUGGGUGCAAUUCCGUAUGCAUUGGCGGCUCUGAUUGCAAUUUUGAUCCUGCGGCUCCAUGUACACAAGCCACUUGCCGACCGGGCUUCGAGUGUAUUUCUUGGGUGCAGCCGAACUGUCCAUAUCCUCCUUGUGAACCGGUGCCUAAAUGUAUUUGUCCUCUGUCUUGUCCUUCUGGAUAUCGUAAACACCCUCUUACCGGGGAAACAAUGUGCGCCUGUAAUUCGGCUUGCGAAGCAAUCAACUGUAAGCCGCGACAACGGUGUGUUCCUCUGGAUCGACUAUGCCAGUCGUGUCCUAGUGUCGGCCUGUGUUUGGAUGAAGGAUGUUUCCUGCUGCAGCUGUACGACAAGAUGGUUGAGAACGGGAUAGGAUCGGCAUCGUCCAUUUACGUCGUUCCACCAAAUGCCAAUUCUCCACCGAUGCCAGGGCGUAAUUACAGCCAAAUGGCCUUGCCUGGACAAAAUUACACGGGACGAAACUCGUAUUCUCGCGGAGCGCCAAAGCCACUUCCGUUAGCAUACGGAGCGACACGGCCGGUUGAGAUUCUUAAAGUUCCUCAAAUGCCAGUCGCCAGCAACCCUCCAGCGGCGUCCAAGGUACUGCCUGCCCCGCUUCCUGAUGUCAGGCCCCAAAAUUCGUACCCAGAACGACCGGCUAACGUUCCCAAAGUUGAUCCAGUUCUAAUGCAACGCUAUCGUGAAUCUGUAAGCGCGGAUUAUGAUGAUUAUGACGAAGAUACGAGAAAAAUCCCCUAUUGAUUUACCCGAAAGAAGCAUUAUGUGAUUUUUUGGGUAUCCGGUGAUUUUUAAUUGUGUUUGAAUUUGCAGUAUUAUUAUGGUUUUUGAUACUCAUGACAGAGAUUUUUGUUUUGUUCUAAUUGUGAGUAUUAGUGAUCAUUUAUUUUUUAUACUUAUUUUACAAACAUGUGUGAUCCCCUUUUGGACUAUGUAUAGGAUUUUAGGGUGGACUUUUUUAUUUCCGGUGUCUUUGCAAACCUGGUAUUGAUGUGUUGUAUUGUCUUUUAUGGAAGUAAAGCAUUUUGAAAGGUA